GACUGACAUAGCUGGAGUGGGGGGAGGCCUGAUUAGAGAAAGCAAGCUACUAGGGGAAAUGGGCGACGUUUGAUCGGGAAAGGCUGUUUACAAUCUGGAGCGAUAUAUCCAAGAGAUGGACGACGGCAGCGCCUACAUAGAGUUUGACGUGCCCGAGUUCAGCAACACUGUCCUCAACCAGCUCAAUGAGUUGCGACUGCAGGGGAAGCUAUGUGACAUCAUUGUUCACAUCCAGGGGCAGCCGUUCCGGGCUCAUAAGGCCGUGCUGGCGGCCAGCUCGCCGUACUUCCGCGACCACUCUUCACUGGGCACGAUGAGUGGCCUGUCCAUCUCUGUCAUCAAGAACCCCAAGGUGUUUGAGCAGCUCCUGGCCUUCUGCUACACAGGCCGCAUGUCCCUGCAGCUCAAGGAUGUCAUCAGCUUCCUCACAGCAGCUAGCUUCCUGCAGAUGCAGAACAUAAUUGAUAAGUGCACCCAGAUCCUGGAGAGCAUCCACUCCAAGAUCAACGUCCCCUCUAGCGACGCCAGCCCGGAAAAGGAGGCCUCCCAAGCCAGCCACAAUGGUGUGAAGGACAGCAGCCUCUUCGUCAAUCCCACUCAGAUCUCCCCCCCGUACUACUCCAGGCACAGCGUUGAGGCCCGCUCAGAGCUGGCGGCGGGGAAAGGCCAUGGCCGGGCACGUCACCAGGAGGAGGGCCAGUCCGACCGCGGGAGCAGCGACAGUGUGUCGGAGCAGGAGGCGGCAAUGGAAGGAGACUCUGAGCAGGUGGAGCUGAUUGGGAAGGACGGCCAGGUGACCGACGUGCACGUGAAGUUGGAGAAGACGGACCGGCCCAGCUACUCGGACAGCUCUUCGGCGGGUGACGACGGCUACCACACGGAGCUGGUGGAUGGAGAGCAAGUGCUUGCCGUCAGCGUUGGGUCCUAUGGUCCCGUCAUUCAGCCGGCAGGCUACACUUACCCAGGCCUGUCGUCCCCCUGCUUCGUCAGCCUCAGCAACUCCAGCCCUUCCCGCUCCAUUCUCAGCGGCUUCAGGGGUGGCCGGGCGCGAGCCAAGCGCCCCCCGGUGGCCGUACCAGCGGAGGUUCUCAGUCAGAUCAAACCAGGAAACGCAGAGGAUCUCAGCGAGGCAGCCUUGGGCCAAUCAGGCUUUGAGAACAACAUCCGGGAACGGAGUCUCCGCAGCCAAUGGUACCCCUAUAAUGAAAGGCUCAUCUGUAUCUACUGUGGCAAGUCCUUCAAUCAAAAGGGCAGCCUGGACCGCCACAUGCGUCUGCAUAUGGGAAUCACACCUUUCGUCUGCAAGUUUUGUGGCAAGAAGUACACGCGCAAAGACCAGCUGGAGUACCACAUCCGGGGCCACACAGACAACAAGCCCUUCCACUGCCAGAUCUGUGGCAAGUGCUUCCCCUUCCAGGGCACCCUUAACCAGCAUCUGAGGAAGAAGCACUUGGGGGCCACGGAGGGCACCAACCACAUGGACUCUCCAGAGACGACGGAGGGAAGCUCUAGUCAGAAGGAGCCGGAGGAUGCUUCAGAGGGGAUGGCCUUUGAGACACAGUAUGCUGAGGAAGAUCCAGCCAACGACAUAGAGGAGAGCUCUCCCUGCAGCCCAGAGGAAGCCCAGGCGUCCAGAUGUGAUUUUUAGGUCUUGAUUCUAGUCGAGGAAGCUUUAAGAGACGCUAUUUUAAUUGUUAAGGAUUUGUUUUGGAAAUGGUUCUGACACAUGUUGAACCUGCCUUGUGCGUCCAGGUUUUUUUGCCUGUUCGUUUUUUGGGAAGUCAACUGUUGUUUAAUGUAAAGAAGAAAAAAGGGUGCUUUUUUCAAAUCGAUUAUUUCAAAGGGAAUAAGGAAUAUCAACUUGCUAUUGAUGAGGCGGCCUCAAUAAUCAAGGCUUCCUUGUUGUUUUUUUUUUUUUUUUUUUUUUUCAUGUUUUGUAAACAUAAUUACAGAGUCAUAUAGGCAUGUUGCAAUAAUCGAUAAUGUGAAAGCUCUUAUGCUUGUCACAUCACGUUUCACCAGACCUGUUUUUGCACACUUGACCAAAGGAGGUCACUUUACUCACAAGGAAUGAUUUUUCUGCCUGUGCAAAGCUUCGUUUUACAUAUCCAUUCAAUACCUCAUGAUGCAACUACAUACUCAUAUCAGACAGUAUUUUAGCUUUUAUGAAACUCCAUCGGGUUCUACCUCAUAGCCAAGAACCUAACAGAAACAGAAGUGUUCUCCGUUUUAAAACACAGCUUUGUUUUGGGGUCUCCGUUUUGCAUUUGCCAAACUCUAGGCUGAACAUCCUGUCUCAACACAAAGCCUUGUUACUUUUAGAUUAAUAUUCCUUGCUGAUUGUAUGAACUCUGGACUGUGUCCUUGUCCAUCGUUUCAUGGUCAGAGAGGAUGCAAUGUGGUCAAAGAACGAAGGUGCUAUAUUGGUGUCUGUAUAAAAAUAUUAAGUAUGUUGUGUGUUUGCAUUGAGAAAGCGCAAGGAGGACAGUGGCUAGAGUACAAUAAUAGAAAAGCACGAUACAUUGUGAUUUCCACUCUCUUUAUAGCCAAGACUGCUUUUCAGAACGCAUUGAAGCAGUUUCCUCCUAUCGUCCCUUUUACCAUUGACGGUCACAUGCAGUUGGCCGGAGUGUUUUACAGAUGCUGUUCUGUCUAUGAAUCCACUUGGAAUCAAUGAUUGAUCCACGUACACAGUGAAAUAAUUUGGUGUCUAUUCUAAUGCCGUUUCGUUUAUUUUCAACCUGUGAAACUGUUUCUUUUUGUGGAGAUGAUACUCAGUGCGGAGGGCCCUCAUUAGCUUAGCACAGCAGGAUCAGCGCUGCCCUGGAUCUGUGCAUGGAAUUAAUAUGCAAACAGGAAAAACGAAGGAAUAUCAACCAUUUUGUUAUGGCAUUUUUCUGUUCACUAUCCACUGGUUUCAUCCACUGUUUUCAUCCACUGUUUCUACCCUUUACUGAUCAGUUCUGGGUUUUGAGAUGAGAGGAUCAAAUGAGGAAGCACAUAGUCUCAUUGAUGCCUCAUCAGAAAUGAAGAGUUUAAUGGAUAGAGUGGAGGAUUUUAGAGAGAAGCUUGUUAUCCAAAGUAAGGGUGCACAUUUUGUAAGUGGAAUGGCCAGGAUGGUGAUUUGGUGACAAUUAUGUUCAUUUUUAUGUAUUUAGUUGUUACCUUUUGUUGAAUGAAAAUCAAAGCUUCUGCUUAAAAAUCAAAUUAGAAAUGCGUUAGUCAGUGUAUGCCAAUUUGACAAGUGGCAUUGGUAGCUAGCGUUUUCAGCCGUACUUGGUAAAUGAUCUUCAAGGCUUGGCUGGCAUUGAUUUUGGUGCAUUCUGCUUGUUCAGCAAUUAGCUACUCUCUCCUGGAUCAGCAGUUGGACUAAUGUCAUUUGUCCACAUUUGACAAAUAUAAUGUACAUAUACAGUGCUGUGAAAAAGAUGCAUCCCCUUUUCAAAUAUGUUUGAAUGUUUUUGAUACUGAAUUAUCAGAUCUUCAACUUUAUUAGAAGAGAACAGUGAUUUUAUUUUUAUUUUUUUUUGUGUAUAUACAAAUAGGAAAAGUAUAUAGGAAAAAGGAUAAAGUUAAGUGGCUUACCACAAACCUUCCAACUCCCACAGCCAUGCUGUCAGCUGUGUUUAUAAUGAGCCUAGAGUACCAUUACCAUCCACUGCAUCUAGAUAGGAGUGAGAACCCACUGCAUUAGGGGCAAAAUUGAUAGAUUUAUCACUAAAUUACCAAAAUAUCUCAAUGUUGUAACAAACAGUCAAAAUUAAGACCAGAAUUUUUGUUUUUACAGAGUCAAAAACACCUCCGGAAGUACCCUUCAAGACACUUCAUAAUGUAGUGUUUUCCAUUUUCCAAAGAGGAACAUAUUGGUAACGCAUGGGUCAUAUCAGAUAGUAUUUGUUCACUCAGGCUCCCGCUAUCUUAUUAGCUUUUGGUUUAUUCAAGGUCUGAUAAUGUUCAGUGACUAAAAUAUGCACAUUUCGAUUGAAACAAUAAUGUUGGCUGUCACUUUCUGCUUGGGAUGAAAGGUACUGUAUGUCUACAUGUGACACAUGGCUCAGCACUGUAGCGCCCCAUUCAUGGCAUAGUAACUUCCAGGGUUUAAUUAUAUUUUCUGGCCAUUCCUACAAUGUGGAAAGGCUUCUCACUGCAAUGGUUUCGAUGAAUACAGGGCUACACUAUAAUAAACAGUCCAGAGCAAGCUCUUAUUUCGUACUUACGGUUUAGAUCAGUAGGAAAGCUUUCUUGUAUCCUGUUAUCUUUUUGGUUUUACACACAAGCACAUAAUACCAUAACUAUGGUAGGUUUAGAGUGCAGUGUGUUUAACGUCCACAAGUGGGUGUGGACAAGAGCAUUUUCUCCAUUUAAUGUAGCGCUGCCAUUUACAAUGCCAAUAUAUAUAUAUUUUUUAAUCAAACCUUUACCCACCCCUUGUCUUUGUCAGUAAUGCAUUAUUUUGCUGGGAUUCUGUAUCGUACAGUUUGCAUGUCCAUACCAUGUUAAGUUUGGUCAAAAAUGCAGUCUUUUUCCACUGAACCUACACAAAGUGUUUGUUCUCAUGUUCAUGGUCUUUUUUUCAGCAAAGGCCAUGGAAGCUGUUCUGUUUACAAACACAAGGACCCUUAGAUUUUGUGAAUUUGGAUUCACUGUCUCCAUGUCUUGUUGCUGAUUUCCUCUUGGAAAUCAAUGAGUCCCUUCCCGUUUGUUUUAUUUUUGUUUCACCAUCAACAUUUGCUUGACAGCGUUGUCCAAAGUCCGCCACAGUCUAUUUUCAUCUGCCUGAAUGUCUGCUGGUCUCAGUCUGGGAUAUGUAUGUCGUGUGUUAUGUCAUUUUUGUGGUUAUGCGCUGUCCACGUUUGCAAAACAGUCUCUGUAAAAGUCUUACACUCAUUUUGAAUUUCUCUCCCCAACCAAUUCCAAGUGGUAAUUGACUUGACCAUGUAAUAUGGUGUUUUCACCAUGUCUCAUGUUAUUAGAACCGUGCUGACUACUCCGUUCUUGUCAGGAGUCAAACCAAAGAUGGCCCAAUUGAUAAUCAUCCAAUGAAAAGGAGUGGUGGGAGAUCAAAAUAGGCAUGAUUUUCCAGUUCGUUGUUAAUUUCAACUGAUGUUCUUUUUCAAACAUUGUUGAAUCCCACUUAGUCUUAAGGAUGUUUCCCAAUAUGAUUUUAUAGCAUGAAGAACAUUGAUGAAGCCAUAAGUAUCUAAUAUUAAGAUUUGUUUAUGUAACUUUAAAAUGCCAAUUGUAUAUAAUCUUGAGGAAAAAGGCCUAAAUCUUCAUCUGUGCCUUACUACAAACUAUUGGUAGCUUUAUAUCCCGAACUCUAUGGCACUUAGUAGACCUUUGUUUUGUGCCUGCCUUCAAUGUUCAAAUAAAAUAAAUAUUGAGGGGAAGAUAGAUAUAUAUAUAUAUAUAUCUAAGUACUGUUGAUUUUCUUUUGCAUUACUUUGGACAUUUUUCCAGUAAUAAUUUAUGUGGAAAAGAAAUGUCUAGAAGGAAAUGGCAUGGGAUUGAGAAGUUCAGCGGUGAAAAGAAUCAUGUCGGAGAACAUAUGGCCACGUUGAGCUCAUUUAUUUUUGCAUAAUGGUCACUGCAUUUGUGUUCAGCCCCACCAUUUUGUUGCCAUCAGACCCCUUUUGAUACUUGUAUCCAUUGAUAGUUUAAUGGAUUGUGUUUAUGGUAUUAUGAUGACUUGCAUGGCAUCUAAACAGUCAUGAGCUGUUUGGUUCCUCACCAGGGCCAUUUUGUCUAUACUUUAUCCUUUUCUGUUAGCACUGAGGACAAUCUAGAACAUCUCAUUCACUCUGAGAGAAGGGAGUACAGCUGCACUCUUUCCCUCUCAAGAUUCCUUUUGUAACAUCUGGCCACGGGGACAGCUGUUUGAGAAUGAGCAGAUUUGAAAAACAUGAAAUUUGUAGAGCGAAAAAUGGCAAGCUUAUCUUGUUAGCUAUAUUGCACGUCGCUCACCACACAAUUGUAAAGAGAUGCUGAUGGCAGUUUUUGGAACUCAACAAUCGUUUAGUUUUUAUCUCAUCUGGCAUGCACUUAAAAAUAACCUGUCUUUGAUCCAUAUAAAUUCCAGAGGGGGUCUACGUAUCUUUCUAGUCUCCCCCUUAAGGGACUCCGCUAUAAUGCCCUCAAUAACUUUAUCUUUAGGGACCUUUUUCCCUUAAAUGGUGCUUCUAGACUUGUCAGGUUAUUUAUUGAUUUUUAUACACAAGACUAUACACAUGAAUAUAUACGUAUGGGGAUGGAGGGGUAAUUUGUGUAAAUGCUUUUAUAAACAUAUGUUACUAAUGCCACAACACUCACCAACCAACUCAACCUGACACUUAUUUGCAUUCACUGUUCAGAACUAUUCAGAGAAAAUGCGAGGGGGUAUGCUCCUGGGCCAGAAGUAAUCAAAAGGAAGUGUUUACAGGGAAGACCGUUGGACUCGGCUACUUUUUGAAUUUGCAGCUCGUCCAAUUCGGUUUUUGAAACUGACUAACUUCAGGUAGUUUAUGAACACUGAUACAAAAAUCUGAAAGUCUUCCAUAGCUUCUCAACCCUUCUCCACUGUGUAAUAUACAAAAGCAAUAACCUUUUUAAAGGAAAUGUGUUGGUAUCAUUGACCGGAAUUCAAUUAUUGGCCUGUCACGUCUUCAAUAAAAACAGAGUUUUAAGGAGCUGUUAAAUUGAGUAGGAUGUGUGUCGAUUGAUAUUGAUUUAUUUUUUAUAUAUUUUGUGACUUCAGCCAGGUUGAGUCAAAUGCUCAGUAGGUGAGACUGAUAUUGAUCAUCUAAAAAGGCGUCCAGAGCUAUUGGCUGUCAGUUUAAAGCUAAGCAUGUGAUUCAGUCAAACCCUAAGGCACUGGUUUUAAAGUUGCACCUCCCAUCUGUCAAUAUUGAAAGGGAUUUUGGGCUGCACAGCCACAUUGGCACUGGCAAUGGUUUUCUUACUAAAAUCAAGUCAAGGUCUCCCCUUAAGUCCUGAGGCUAGUUGUAGCUGGUCAGUGCUGCUUUAAGACUGACCUGUUUCCUUGUCUUUGAAGUGAAACUCUUUGCUCUAACAUUCUAUGGUCUCUGGUAAUGUAUUUGGUGAUAUGGCAAAAAUAAAGUAGAACUCAGGGUUUAUACUAGUGUUAUAAAGUGGUCAAUCUGGGCAUACCGUGCGUGUGCAUAGAAUUCAGUCUACACUUCAGUUCAGGUGGUGAAACAAAUCCUCAGUCGGUUGAUUCCCAAACGUUCUGCCUCAAGGGUCUCACUGAACCCGUGUUCUUCCGUUCCCUCUCUGCAUGCAUGUGACAAGCACAGAGCUUCAAUGCUAAGGAUCAGGGGAGACCUUUUAGUUUGGCAAGGUGUCAGUCCACCUUCCUCUAUUCUACAUACAACCUCACAACCCAACUGUGAACCUCAGAACUCUACUGUUUUAUAUGACUAUGAAGUAAAUGAAGCUAGCUAGAGCUGAUGCUGUAACUAUUAACUUGCCAUUUAUGAAUUUAUUUUAUAGCAUGAAAUAUAAGAUAUAUUUAUUCAAAUUAUAUAUUUUACUCAUAAUCAUUCUGUGCUGCUUUGUUUUGGUUCUUACGCUUGUAAAUUGCUUUUUUAUGAUACAAAGAAAUUUCAAUAU